GCGCCUGCACCAACCAUUAGCAACACCAAUAGAGGACAAAGACACAGACGGCAAGGCGGCCCCAGAAGACCUCCACCAUCUCAGACAGGCAAUUUAGGACCCGUAAGAAAUGUCGGAGCAAGAGCCUUUGGUGGACGGCUCACCCGACUACACGCAGAAGCACCGCCUUUCGUUCCAGCGUCCAUUGCCCCAAUAUCGCAGUCGAAUUCUCAGUCUCUGUCUGAGUCCCAGGCCCAGCCCGCGAAUCCAAGUCCACAGCCUCCUCGCCACAACAAGAAGACGACACCACGACCACGGGGUCAGACGCAACCACAAGGCAGGAGGGGCUCACUGGCACGCUCGACGGCUCCGGACAUCGCCACUAGAAUCCAUGAAGAUAUACUACACAACGUCUACGAAUGUGCCAUUUGUACGAAUGAAGUUGGGCGGGCCUCGAAGGUGUGGUCAUGUCGGACUUGCUGGACGGUGUUUCACAUCGGCUGCAUCAAGAGAUGGUCGAAAAAUGAAGGUUCAGCCGUUCAACGAUCUGCUGGCCAAAGCGAUGAAGAGAUGCCCGUCGGAAAGCAAUGGAGAUGUCCAGGUUGCAAUUUACCGAAGGAUACACACCCG